AUGGCUCAAAUCAAAACUAAGCACUAUGCGGUUACCCUGUGUCUGGCGCUUUCCUUUUUCGUGGGAUCCCUGAAUGCAGAGUGUUGUACGGACGGCGAGACAGAAAUCGACCCGGAUGACUGCACCAAGUAUCGUGUGUGCUGCCAUGGCGAAUUUGUUUCCAAGUCUUGCGAAGACGGCAUGUAUUGGAACUCGGAUACUGGAAAAUGCGAAAUUAACAAUGGAGAAUGCAAUCCGACCAACUGCGUGGAAGGGGAAAUCGAAGGCAAUCCCGAAGACUGUGCUGCGUAUCUGGAGUGCAUCAACGGAACUGUAGUUAGCCAGAGCUGUGCCGAUGGAUACUACUUCAAUGUCACUGAGUGCAUUCCCGACACCUGCGGAGUUUGCGAGGACAAUGGAGAGUGCAACGGAACUCCAUCAUGCACGGAGGGAGAACUAGAAAUUGAUCCUGCGGACUGCGCUGGUUACCUGGCUUGCUCCAACGGCACCCUUGUGAAUAAGAAGUGUCCCAAUGAUACCUAUUUCAAUAACAACACACUUACUUGCACUCCCGAUCUUGAUGGAGUCUGCCUUAACUGCACCGAGGGAAGCCAAAGGCCGGAACCUUCCGGUGACUGUACCAAGUACCAAAUAUGCUCAGGCGGAAGGUACGUAACUGUGUCCUGCGACACUGGUGAUUACUGGAACAGCGCUUUAGGCAAAUGCGUAAAGGACAAUGGCGAGUGCAACGGAACUCCAUCAUGCACGGAUGGAGAACUAGAGAUUGAUCCUGCGGACUGCGCUGGUUACCUGGCUUGCUCCAACGGCACCCUUGUGAAUAAGAAGUGUCCCAAUGAUACCUAUUUCAAUAACAACACACUUACUUGCACUCCCGAUCUUGAUGGAGUCUGCCUUAACUGUAUCGAGGGAAGCCAAAGGCCGGAACCUUCCGGUGACUGUACCAAGUACCAAAUAUGCUCAGGCGGAAGGUACGUAACUGUGUCCUGCGACGCUGGUGAUUACUGGAACAGCACUUUAGGCAAAUGCGUAAAGGACAAUGGCGAGUGCAACGGAACUCCAUCAUGCACGGAUGGAGAACUAGAGAUUGAUCCUGCGGACUGCGCUGGUUACCUGGCUUGCUCCAACGGCACCCUUGUGAAUAAGAAGUGUCCCAAUGAUACCUAUUUCAAUAACAACACACUUACUUGCACUCCCGAUCUUGAUGGAGUCUGCCUUAACUGCACCGAGGGAAGCCAAAGGCCAGAACCUUCCGGUGACUGUACCAAGUACCAAAUAUGCUCAGGCGGAAAGUACGUAACUGUGUCCUGCGACGCUGGUGAUUACUGGAACAGCACUUUGGGCGAAUGCGUAAAGGACAAUGGCGAGUGCAACGGAACUCCAUCAUGCACUGAUGGAGAACUAGAGAUUGAUCCUGCGGACUGCGCUGGUUACUUGGCUUGCUCCAACGGCACCCUUGUGAAUAAGAAGUGUCCCAACGAUAACUAUUUCAAUAACAAUACACUUACAUGCACUCCCGAUCUUGAUGGAGUCUGCCUGAACUGCACCGAGGGAAGCAAAAAGCCAGAGCCUUCCGGUGACUGUACCAAGUACCAAAUUUGCGCGGGCGGAAAGUAUGUUACCAUGUCCUGUUCCGCUGGGGAGUACUGGAAUAAUAAUACCAAGAUCUGCGAGAUGGACAACGGGGAGUGCAAUGGCACCCCAUCGUGCCAGGAGGGCGACAUAAAGGAGAACCCGGCGGAUUGCGCAGGGUACAUGCAGUGUGUUAACGGCAAUUAUGUUGCAAGGAAGUGUUCUGCAACUGAGUUCUUCAACACCACACUUAAUCAGUGUGUUGUCGACCAAGAUGGCGUAUGCAUUCCCAAGACUUGCGACCCCCAGUGCUGCGAUCUUCCCAAUUAUUCUAUGUGGCCCGUUGAGAAGAACUGCUCGGCCUUCUUCCAGUGUGUCGGCGGCAAGUACGCGGAGCAGACGUGCCCCAACAAUUUGCAAUUUAACACGAAGACGGAAAGUUGUGACUACCCUGAGAACGUCGAUUGCGAUGAUGGGUCUGCGCCGCCCAGCGGUCCCAAUGCCGGACCCUCAGGUACCUACUGUGAGAGUCACGGGCGCUGUGUCGGACGGUCCGAUGGCACCAUGUUACCCUAUGAGAUCAACGCUUGUAGUUCAUCGUAUAUUGUCUGUCAAUGCGAGUGCGAGGUGAACUUUAUCUGUUCAGAUGGGCUCAUCUUCAAUGUGGAUUUACAAACCUGCGAUUGGGCGUCUAAUGUAAAAUGCUAA